AUGGUGUGUGGAUCAGGGGUAUGCGCGAAGAAAGUGGUGGUGGAUGCCCGGCACCACAUGUUGGGACGGCUGGCUUCGAUCGUUGCGAAGGAGCUGCUCAACGGCCAGAAAGUGGUGGUAGUCAGAUGCGAGGAAAUUUGCAUGUCAGGCGGACUCGUUCGCCAGAAGAUGAAGUACAUGAGAUUCCUCCGCAAACGCAUGAACACCAAGCCUUCUCAUGGUCCCAUCCACUUCCGUGCCCCCGCCAAGAUCUUCUGGCGCACCGUUCGCGGAAUGAUACCACAUAAGACUAAGCGUGGAGCGGCUGCCCUUGCUCGUUUGAAGGCUUAUGAGGGUAUUCCCUCCCCAUAUGAUAAGAUUAAGAGGAUGGUCAUCCCUGAUGCUCUUAAGGUCUUGAGGCUUCAGAAGGGGCACAAGUACUGCUUGUUGGGCCGCUUGUCAUCAGAGGUUGGGUGGAACCAUUACGACACCAUCAGGGAGCUGGAGAAGAAGAGGAAGGAGAGGGCUCAGGUUGCAUAUGAGAGGAAGAAGCAGCUGAAUAAGCUUAGGGUAAAGGCUGAGAAGGCUGCAGAGGAGAAACUUGGCUCCCAACUAGACAUCCUUGCCCCUGUUAAGUACUGAGUUUCUAGUGGCUAGCUAGUUUCAUACAAUUUUGUUAAGGUUAUCUGUAUGGAUUUGGUUUCAGUGUUUUAUUCUGUUUCAGAUGUGGAGGCUGAAAAUUUGUUGAAUCUGAGUUGUCCUGUCUUAUUUUUGCACGUAGGAUCCUUUCAAUACGUUUCAUAUAUGUUCAUCACGUUGAGUAUUGUGAUUGCUAUGGAUGUUUUAUAUGUUGUGACCAUUGGGAAUACCGCAUUAGAAAACCA